AUGGCCGCGGCGCCGCUCAUCGCGUCGGACAUCGGCAUCGGGAGCGUGGAGAUCGACGCGAGCGACGUCGUGCGCCUCGUGCUCCAGUUCCUCAAGGAGCACGGCCUGAGCUCGAGCGCCGCGGAGCUCGAGCGGGAGUCGGGCGUCCUCGUCAACGCCGUCGAGGCCAAGGGCCGCCUCGUCGGCGACGUGCGGUCCGGCCGGUGGGACGCCGUGCUGCCGGCGCUCGCGAGCGUGGAGCUGCCGGCGGAGGCGGCGGCGGCCGUCCACGAGCACGCGUGCUACGAGCUCUGCGACGCCGGCGAGGGCGACGUCGCGCGCGAGCUCCUGCGCCACAAGACGCUCCAGAAGCUCCGCGGCGCGGAGCCGGAGCGGUUCCUGCGCCUCGAGCGGGCCGUCGGCCGCGCCGCGGCGACGGGCGGCUACGGCGGCGAGGCGCCCUGGCCCCGGGGCGAGACGCGCGAGAGCCGCCGCGCGGCGGUCGCGGACGACGUCGCCGGCGCCGUCGGCGCCGUCGCGCCGGGCCGCCUCGUGAGUUUGUUGGGUAUGGCCCUGCGCUGGCAGGCGCACUGCGGCGACCUGCGCGGCUCCGGCGGCCGCCGCGUCGACGUCUUCCGGGGCGACGCCGGCGACCCGCUCUCGCGGAAGUCCGAGGAGGAGCGGCCGCCGAAGCGCGCCGCGGGCGCCGUGCGCCUCGGCGCGGGCUCGAAGCCGUUGUGCUGCGCCUUCGCGCCCGACGGGAGCGCGCUCAUCACGGGCAGCUCCGACGGCUUCGUGGAGCUCUGGGACCCGGCGAGUUGCCGGCUGAGGACGGACCUGCCGUACCAGCGCGACGACGAGCUGCUCAUGCACGACGCCCCCGUCCUCGCCCUGGCGCCGUCGCUCGACGGCACGGCGCUCGCGAGCGGCGACCGCGACGGGUGCCUCAAGGUCUGGCGCCUGGCCACGGGGCAGUGCGCGCGGAAGUUCCCCAAGGCGCAGCAGCAGGCCGCGAGCGCCGGGGCGGAAGAAAGCGCGGUCGCGUGGUCCCGCGACGGCAGCCAGCUGCUGACGGCGUCGUCCGACGGCGCCGUGCGGUCCCACGGCCUCAAGAGCGGCCGCACGCUCCAGCAGUUCCGGGGCCACGGCGGGUCCGUGUCCGCGGUCGCCUACCUGCGGAGCUCCGGCGAAUCGUCGGACGCGGUCGUCUCGGGCUCCGCGGACGGCACGGUGCGCGUCUGGGACCCGCGGUCCGCGGAGACCGUGUCGACCUUCUCGCCGCCCAAGGCCCUCGCGAAGCUCGAGCGGCGCGCGGUCGCGGACAAGGAGCGCGCGGUCGUCGCGGUGCUGCAGCAGCCGGGCUCCGAGUCCAAGUUCUUCGUCGUCGACAAGUCGCCGACGGCCGUCCUCGCGGACCUGCGCACGGGCGUCGCCGUCGCCGCGUUCUCGAGCCGCGACGAGCCCGCGAAGCCGCCGUCCGAGGCCGCGCACGCGCUCCGGAAGCCCGGCUGCGACUUCGUCGCGGCGGCGCUGAGCCGGCCCAGGGGCGACUACCUCUACUGCCUCGGCGAGGACAAGGUCCUCUACUGCUUCCACGUCCAGAGCGCCGCGCUCGACCGCUGCUGCCCCAUCGACGACGCCAAGGACGUCGUCGGGCUCGCGGUGCACCCGCACCGGAACGUCGUCGCGUCCUUUGGCGACGGCGACAAGCUCCUGCUCUGGAAGUCGUAA